UUCAGUUUUCACUAUGUCCCUGUCUGUGGCAGUCAGCUCUUGGUUGUCCACAGAAUAACUUUUUGUUCGUUGGUGCCUUCACCUCUGUAGAGUCAUGCUUAAAAAGCUGCUUCAGUUUUAAGAUGUUUUACCUAGAAGAUAACAGUGAGGAUGAGGAGAAGGUUGAGGGAAGCUCACUAAGCAACCCUGCAGGUGUUUACCGUGGCAAGGCCCCUCCUGGCAUUCUGUCUCAAACCAUGAAUUAUGUGGGGCAGCUGGCCGGGCAGGUGCUCGUCACCGUAAAGGAGCUCUACAAGGGCAUUAACCAGGCCACUUUGUCCGGGUGCAUCGACGUUGUUGUGGUGCGGCAGCAGGAUGGCACCUAUCAGUGCUCACCUUUCCACGUGCGCUUUGGGAAGCUCGGAGUCCUGAGAUCCAAGGAGAAAGUGAUUGAUAUAGAAAUCAACGGCAGCGCAGUGGAUCUUCAUAUGAAGCUGGGCGAUAAUGGAGAAGCCUUCUUUGUGGAGGAGACUGAAGAGGAUUAUGAAAAGCUACCUGCCUAUCUUGCCACCUCACCAAUUCCUACUGAGGACCAGUUCUUCAGAGACCUCGACACCCCUGUGGUGAAGUCAAGUGCAGAUGAAAGGCUGUCUCAGAGUUCAGACAUUUCUCACACUUUGGAAACAGAGACCGUUUUCACUCCAAGCUCUGUGAAAAAGAAGAAACGAAGGAGAAAGAAGUGCAAACAGGACAGUAGGAAGGAGGAGCACGUAGCUUCUCCUGCGGCAGAAGAUAUAUUCGGUGUGGGUGUGAGCUCUGACGAUGAGAAGGGAGCCCAGACAGCAAGAGGAUCUUCAAAUGCUUCCUUAAAGGAAGAUGACUAUAAACAGCCUCCGCUCUUCCGCUCUGGGGAUCACUACCCCUUGUCUGAUGGAGAUUGGUCCCCAUUAGAAUCUGCUUACCCCCAGGCCACGGGCCCUAAGAGUGAUUCAGAGCUGGAGGUGAAGCCGGCUGAGAGCCUGCUCAGAUCUGAGUCUCACAUGGAAUGGACAUGGGGCGGCUUCCCAGAGUCUACCAAGGUCAGCAAAAGAGAAAGAUAUGACUAUCAUCCAAGGACAGCUACAAUUACACCAUCAGAAAACACUCACUUCAGGGUAAUUCCCAGUGAAGACAGCCUGCUGAGAGAAGUGGAGAAGGGUGCUACUGUGGAAGAGACUGUCUGCACUAUAGUGAAACCCAAGCCUAGAGCCCUGUGCACGCAGCCGAGUGGCACAGCCUCUGCUGGACCUUGCGACCUGCCUCUGCAGGGCCCUCAGAGUUCACCCAUGUUAGAUGCAGACCCUGCUCCCUGCCCAUCCUCAGCAGAGGCUCCCGCAGAACCCAGACCAGCUGCUAAAGUGGACUCGCCAACAAAGAAGAAAGGUGUUCACAAAAGAAGUCAGCACCAGGGACCUGAUGACAUUUACCUCGAUGACUUAAAGGCUCUUGAGCCUGAAGUGGCCGCUCUCUAUUUCCCAAAAAGUGACACAGAUCCGGGUUCCAGGCAGUGGCCUGAGGCCGACACGUUCUCGGGCUCUCAGUCCCCACAGUCUGUGGGAAGCGCAGCUGCGGACAGUGGCACAGAAUGCCUCUCAGACUCGGCCAUGGACUUGCCUGAUGUCACGCUCUCCCUCUGUGGAGGCCUCAGUGAGAACGGAGAGAUUUCUAAAGAGAAAUUCCUGGAGCACAUCAUCACAUACCACGAGUUUGCAGAGAACCCUGGCCUUAUCGACAACCCAAACCUCGUGAUUCGGAUCUAUAACCGUUACUACAACUGGGCUUUGGCUGCUCCCAUGAUCCUUAGCUUGCAAGUAUUCCAGAAGAGUCUACCUAAGGCCACAGUUGAGUCCUGGGUUAAAGACAAGAUGCCAAAGAAAUCUGGCCGAUGGUGGUUUUGGCGUAAGAGAGAAAGCAUGACAAAACAGUUGCCAGAGACGAAGGAGGGAAAAUCUGAGGUACCCUCAACAAAUGACCUGCCUUCCAGUGUUGAGGAGCCAGCCAGUGCCAGACCUCCAGAAGAUGACACUUCCAGUGAUGAGGGGUCACAGGAGCUGGAGGAAACAGUCAGGGUUGACACCGUCUCCAUGGAGACCCUGAGCCACUGUAGCACAGCUUCAUAUAAGAAGUCUCUCCGACUCUCCUCGGACCAGAUCGCGAAACUGAAGCUCCAUGAUGGCCCCAAUGACGUCGUGUUCAGCAUUACAACCCAGUACCAGGGGACCUGCCGCUGCGCGGGAACCAUCUACCUGUGGGACUGGAACGACAAGGUCAUCAUCUCUGACAUCGAUGGAACGAUAACCAAGUCCGAUGCUUUGGGACAGAUUCUCCCACAGCUGGGCAAAGACUGGACUCACCAGGGCAUAGCGAAGCUCUACCACUCCAUCAAUGAAAACGGUUACAAGUUUCUGUACUGCUCAGCUCGGGCCAUUGGCAUGGCCGACAUGACCCGAGGUUAUCUUCACUGGGUCAAUGACAAGGGCACGAUCUUGCCCCGAGGCCCUCUGAUGCUGUCUCCCAGCAGCCUGUUCUCUGCCUUCCACAGGGAAGUGAUAGAAAAGAAACCAGAGAAGUUCAAAAUUGAGUGUCUGAAUGAUAUUAAGAACUUGUUUGCCCCGUCCAAGCAGCCCUUCUAUGCUGCCUUCGGAAACCGUCCCAACGAUGUCUAUGCUUACACACAAGUCGGAGUUCCAGACUGUAGGAUAUUCACUGUGAAUCCAAAGGGUGAAUUAAUACAGGAAAGGACCAAAGGAAACAAGUCAUCGUACCACAGGCUGAGUGAGCUGGUGGAGCACGUGUUUCCGCUCCUCAGCAAGGAGCAGAGCUCGGCCUUCCCCUGCCCGGAGUUCAGCUCCUUCUGCUACUGGAGAGAGCCCAUCCCUGCCGUGGACCUGGACGACCUGGCGUGAACAGGGCCUUCGUGGCAGGUGGGGGCACUGUCACUCGCCUCCCCGCAGAGAGAGUCACAGGACCUCUUACAGACGAAGACCCAGGGUCUGGCAGUCAGGAACCUGCUCUCCACCACAGGCACAGGAUCCCCUAAGUUGCCACUGCCGCCCUCCUUCAGCUCCCAGGCCAACACUGAGCACCUGGACAGAGAAUUAAGGGGGCUCAGCCCAAGUUAGGCGCCUGUGCUCACAACGUGUGGGUCCGCACGUGCUUCCGGUGGAGCUGUGAGCUGGGCGCUGCUCGACUGCAUAAUUUAAAAAGGAAGAAAUCAGAAACUGAAAACGACUGGACCAGCAUAUUAUUGCACAAAGUAAAGAGGCAGACUUUCCACUGGUCAGUUGAGAUCGUUUCUCUCUAUAACCAGGGCUUUCUCCAGAGGUCCGGUUAGCGUUGCCGGCUGUGUGUACUGUCCUCCUCGGGACACCUCCGCUCUGGGACACUGAGUAGGAC